GGUGCCCCACCCCAAGCUGCCCCAUUCCAAGGUGCCCCACCCCAAGGUGCCCUUCCUCCCAUACACGUACCCCAGACUCGUAAUGCCGGGAAGCCUUCCAUGAUCUUGGGAACGGGCCUUUGUAUGUUCGCCUUGUUCUUCGGACUAGCCGGGGGGGCCAUAUUGUUUGGUGGCCGGGGCACUGUUUUAGUAGCCCCAGGUGCCAUCAUGUUCGUUAUUGGUGUCAUCUGUGCCAUUUUCACUGGCAUAUUUUUCAUGCGGUGGCAGAAGCAGGAAAAGGAGAUGAAAAAUGUGACACAACAAUCAGCUAGGUUCAGAACUCUUGGAUUUAACUCGUCAGGGACACAGUCGGCUAUGGUCCAUCCGCCAGCGGUGGGGCCAACUGGCGUUUAUGGCCCCGGGGCAGGAAAUAGCUACCAGGGGCCGCCUGUUCAUCAAGGACAACCACAAGGUUGGCAAGUACAACCUCAAGAGUAUCCGGAAGUUCCUGCAGUACAGUAUCCGCAAGUUCCUCCUGCACAGUAUCCUCAAGUUCCUCCUGCACAGUAUCCUCAAGUUCCCCCAGUACAGUAUCCGCAAGCUGGAGCUCCCUACCCAACUCAAGCACCAUAUCCUGAGCAACCCGACAUUGAGGCAAAGGAACCGUCAGCUCCACCCCCAUCCUAUGAUGACACUUUCAAAAAAUAGAUUUGCCAAAGUAAUUCAUCUUGAGGUGCCCCCUCCUAAAAAUAGAGCACACACCGACAAAGGAAACAUGGAUCUGGUCUACAGCCGCGUUCGAAUUGGACUUUUUGGUCUGGUAACUUAUACCAGGGAGUGUAAGUUACAUGCUAGGUCACCAGGGUCACCAUUCCUGACCAGAUAACGGAAAUCACGUGACAGUAUUGUUCAGUUACCGGAAUGGUGCAAUCGCAUUUGCGGCAUUGUUAAGUUAACGCGACUCGAAUCGGCCUGUUCUGUUCAGCCGUAAUUUACCACCCCGGUAAGUUACAGACUGUUUGCAUUUUGCGGCGGUAAGUCCAAUGGGAGCGUGGCUUAAGAUACUUGACCAUGGUCGAGAGAAUUUUUUCUUAAAAGUUUUCUUUUUAAUAGUAUUUAACAAAGCUUUUUAUGUGCACAUAGCCAAAGAGUGCUCAAAGUGCCUUUAGGAGAAAAAAUAAUAUAUAGUAUAGAAAUAUUACAAAAAACAUAUUUAGGCCUAUUUUAUUGUGAUAACUUUUUGAUGCUUUUUGAAUAUAUUUUGUAUGGUAUUAAUACUCUUUCUCUGAAAUAAGGCACCAAUAUUUGAAUUUUUUAUUUUUUCAGGGAGGUAGUUUUUCGGUAAUAUUUCAAUAUUAGUGUAGGGGUAAAACACAAAUAAUAUUUGUUGACCCUGAUGUAAGUUUAACAUACAUUGGAUUGGUAAAGAUCAUCUCAUAAGAUAUGAACCAAGAGUCAUGGGGAAGGGGUGGGGCCUCCCUCCCUCCCUCCCUGUCUGCAUACUUGAUACAGCUUUAAUGUGUACAGUGCAUUUAGUUAUAAAACACACGAUGGUCACUUGUCAAAGUGGUUCAUGUUUGGUAGGAAAUAUUUGAGGGCAAUUUUGGGGUAUACCAUCUACCCCAUACCGAGAGUUCUAUGGAGUUAUUAUGUGCAGUGGUGAAUUGAUCACAAUCAGGCUGGAGGUUGGGCUGGAGUUUUGAAGGAUUUAGGAUGAAAUUUGUUCUUCAAUCCUCAAACGAGGUGGAGGAUUGCAAAGGACUGGGGUCAGUAGAUGUAUAGGUCAUAACAACAACUGCUUAUUCACAGGGUCAGGCAUUCUAAGUCUAAACACUUCAGUGCGGAGUGACCUAUAGGAGAUGAGGAAAUUAGAGGGAUUGGUUCUCACUCUAGACAAGUUGCCAAGUCUCAGAAGUUUGUAGGUUUUUUUUAGAAAUGUAAUUAAUAGCGAAUGUUUUUACACCAUUUGGUUGAUAAUCAGUGACUGAAA